AGCAGCAGCAGCAGCAGCAGCAGCGCGCAGCCCCGGGACCGAAUCCAGGGCCGGCGCCGAGCUGGCCCCAGCAGCAACGGCGGGAGGAGGCGGCUGGUCCCGGCCGGGCAUGGGCGCCUAGAAGGCCGCGGCAGGCAUGGAGCCCCCCGGGCUGGCCAUCAAGCGGGAGCCCCGCGAGCCAGGAGAAUCCCCGUUCCCAGAGGAAGCAUCCGAUUCUCAGAACAGCAGCGAGCUGAGCCCCGGGCACCCCUCGCAGCCUGCUGGAAAUGGCCUCUUCCAGAGGAGCUCCAAGGACCCUUCUGUGCUCCUGCCCGGAGGGCGCAAGUACUCGGACCACUGCGAAGAACGGGCCUCGCGGCCCGGCAAGAGCCGGAUCCCUGGGCGGGACCACCGCCGUUAUUACCACGAGCACUGGAGGGCCGAGUACCUGAUGGACUUCAACGCCGCCCGGCACGGCAUGAUCUGUAUGGUGUGUGGGAGUUCGCUCGCCACCCUGAAGCUCAGCACCAUCAAGAGGCACAUCCGCCAGAAGCAUCCCUACUCCCUGACCUGGAGCGCCCAGGAGAAGGAAGUGAUCAUGAACAGCUGGGACGCCCACCUGGGCCUGGAAGCAGAGGCCGACGGAGUCCGAGACCUGGGGGAAGCCUCCGACGGGCAGCAAGGGGAACCCGGAGAAUUUCCGCCUGGCGGAAGCCGCAGGAGGAGACGUGGUCCGGGCCCCCUCUCCUCUCGGGGGGGCCGCCGUCCGUCCGGGUUGGGCCUGAAAGCCACCUCGGCCGGGGAGGCCCGGAGUCUGGAGCGGUACCUGAAGGAGUCCCUGCAGAGCUGGUUCCAGUCGGAGUUCCUGAUGGACUACGACCCGCAGGGCAACCGGCUCUUCUGCAUGAUGUGCGGCUCCUCCCUGCCCAGCCUCAACCUGGACGACAUCAAGCGGCAUGUGAUGGAUGCCCACCCCAGCUCCCUGGGCUUCAGCCCCGCCGAGAAGGCCGCCAUCCUCGAGGCGUGGAACUCCCGCACAGCGGUGCUGGCCGCCGAGGGCGAGGGCCCAGGGGAGACACCCGUGGAGGUGGAGUCUGACCCCGCACCGCAGGACCUGAGCAUGAAGGAAGCAGACCCGCCUCUGUCUCCGGACGGCCCCGCCGGCGAGGAAGGGCUGGAAGAGCCCGGCCCCUGGGACUCGGAGGGCAGCAGCCCGCCUGCCCCGGCCCGUGGCAGAGACCACCGGCGCUACUUCCAGGAGCACUGGCGGGUCGAGUACCUGAUGGACUACAACGGGCUGCGGCACGGGCUGGUCUGCAUGGUGUGCGGCAGUGCCCUGGCCACCCUCAAGAUGAGCACCAUCAAGAGGCACAUCCAGCAGAAGCAUCCGGACUCCACCCAGCUCAGCCACCACGUCAAGGCGCUCAUCGUGCAGGAGUGGAGCCAGAAGGCCGCCCGCCUGGCAGAUCCAGAGGAGACCCUGCCUGAGACGGACGCAGAGCUGGACAAGGGGGAAUCCCAACAUGCGGCCAAGCCACCCUCGUCCCCCGGGGAGCUUCAGGAGGACGGGGCGACACCUGCAGGAGAAGAGGAGGAAGAGGCCGCAACCAGGCUCGAUCCCCCACAGCCGUCAACGGAGGUGGCCUCUCCGGCGGCCGGAGCCCCCUCCCGGCGGGGCCAGCAUCGGAACUACCAGCCGCGCUGGCGGGUGGAGUACCUGAUGGAUUAUGACGAGCAGCGGCAUGGCCUGAUCUGCAUGGUCUGUGGGGGCACGCUGGCAACCCUCAAGGUCAGCACAAUCAAGCGGCAUAUCCUGCAGGUACACCGCUUCUCGCUGGAGUACACGGCCCUAGAGAAACAGACCAUCCUCGAGGCAUACGCCGAGAGCGACCAGGCCCCACAUCCUGGGCAGGCAGCCUCUAAAGCCGCUGCCACCGCCACCGCCGCCAGCCUUGACGCCAACCCUCCACGGGAUGUCAAGCCCAACAUCCCGCGCACAGGGAAAAUGGCGUUUGGUUACAACCUGUCCGUGUGCACUGUGUAGCCGCACAGCCCGAGUGAGCCUUGUUGGAUGAGGAGCGGGCCCGUGCGUUUGCUCCCCACCGCGGCGGCAGGCGGCCUCCGUUUGCCGCCACCGCCGCCUCCUCCUGGGUCUGGAACCAAGGGCAUGGAAGCCGAGGAGCCCAACUUCUUUGUUCAUGGCGUCCAUUUUAAUGUGCAUGUUCUGUUCCAGUUGCAAAAGGUUUCUGGUGUUCUCUCUGUGAACCUGGAAUGCUCUGCUCCCAAGGUUGUAGGAAGGGCAAGGAUCGUUUGGAGGGGUGGGCUGUGGUGCACUGUACUGUGGAAAGGGAAAGGGGCCAAAUUGGGGAUGUUCCGCCAUGAAUGCCUGGGGGUGUGGCAUUCCCUUCAUGGCAUCCAGGGGACCACAGAGCAGAUGGCCAUGUAUUCUGUCCUGCAGUUUUGCCACUGGGGAGGGACACCCCUUAGGCCUUAUUAAGGUUUGGCUGCUGGGCCAAGGGGCAGACCACAUUGACUCCUACCUAGCUACCAGCUUCCAUCCAAAUGCCUGGCCCACAACUGCCCCCCAAAUAAUUUGGGGAGUGCCUGUGCCUGAGCGACUGGUUUUCCUUCACUGCAACCAUGGAAGCAGCAGGACUGUCUGGAAACCUUUAGGUUGAUCCAUCCAGCACCAGCUGUUCUUACCA